CGCCCCCUGUAUGUGUGGAGUAAUGAAUCUAAAGCGAAACCAGUCCAGGGGUGAAAGCGAUGUCAAGCAGUAGUAGUCUAUAUACAGUACAUAUUUUUUUAAAUAUGAUCUAAAAACAAUAAAACAGGUAUGGAGCCACUUAUUAACAUUCUUGGAUGUGAUUAUAUUGUAUUCAUUCUUUCCAUUCAAAAUAACACUGUGACAGGCCUACCUAAUUGUAAGGAUUCCAAUUUGGAUGUAUGACAGCUAUACAGCAAGACGGCAUAGGUGAUAGGUCUAGGGUUAAUUAUGUACCUUUCUGGCCACCCCUUUCAGUCAUGUAAGCAAAUUAAGCGUGAAGAAGAAAAAAAACAGCGAAAGGUGACCUGAAUAAGCGACUGCAUGUAUGACUGCCCACAAACACACACACACACACACACACACACACACACACACACACACACACACACACACACACACACACACACACACACACACACACACACACACACACACACACACACACACACACACACACACCACACACACACUGUACAUUAGACCUGUCAUGUCACUUAGUUUCUGUUUGCUCGACGUGUUGAAUAAUGAUCCGGGGCGGAGCUGUUCCAUGAAUUUCAUGAAUUGAAAGGAAUUUAUACCAUUUCUCUGAGAAGGCUGUGGUAAGUAUGACGGUCUGUCUUUUCCCUCUUAAAGCUCACAUUUCAUUUUGUGUUUUAUUUACAUGAUUACAAGUGUUAUGAUAUUAUUCUUAUUUUUCAUUCUGGGGCCAAAAGUUGAGAUUACUAUUCUUAUGGGUGCUUGUGACAAUUGCUUCUGCCUCAGUUAAACUCAAUGAUUUACUUUGUGUUUAGAUCUGUGACAUUGCAUUUUUACGAUUUUUACAAAUUCAAUUGAAUGAAUGAAUGAAAGAAAUGUCGCCUGCUACUGCAAUUACCAAAUCUCCCAACAUAUUGCACAACAAUACAGCAAAAACUGUAUUAAUAGUUACUGUAGUAUUAUGUGUGGUUUUGUGUGUCGAGGGUGUGAUGACUCUGCAUUCUCUGGUUACAUAAGAGCGGUACGGAGGCUAAUCAUGUCAUUGAUUAGUGUUUCUAUUACACAGCAGAGCAGACUUUGAACGACAGAGAAACAAACAGGCUAAUAAAACGCAUCCGUUUGACGCUAUCACUUAAAGUCUCCAUAUUGACUUAUUGGUAUGUCAGUCACCACAUCAGAUAAGAUUGCUCAUUUUGUUUUUUAACAGGUGGACCAGAAUGGCAUGUGAUCACAACCUGAAUGACCUGAACCUCAAAAACACACAAACAACCAACUUUUAUAAAAUAUAUCUAAAUAAUAUGAGCACUAACUAUGAGGACGGAUUCUGAUCCAAAGAGCCAGUGGCCGUAUCUCACCACCCCGAGCAACACUCCCACCCCAGCUUGAGCGUUCAUAACCAGGGUGAAAUCCAGAUGCUCCCCGCUGAGAACAGGUACUCCAAGCUGCGAUGGUUCUGGACCAUCGCCUCGCUGCUCUUUUACAUCGCAGACAUCGGGUCGGACGUCGGACUGGUGCUCAAAUACGUCCGGGAACGACAUUUCCUCUGGGCGGGGCUGACGGGGGCGUUUGUGUUAGUAGGGCUCGCAGUGACACAGGUGUUCAGCUACGCUUGGUACAAAGACGACAUGAAGAACCCGGAGGGGAAACCAAUCCUGUCGACGCUGGCCUGCAUGCGCCUUGUGUCACUCCACGUGCUCGGCAUGGGAAUCCUCACCAGGUACGUCCAGCUGCUGAAAGCUGGGCACAGGGAGCUGUGGGCUGUGUCCUCUGCCCCCUCCCCGGAGGAGGAGAGGGGGGCGCACCACCGGCUCUUCUGUCUGGCCACCGACCUGAGCAUGCUCAAGCUGUUUGAGGCCUUCCUGGAGAGCGUGCCCCAGCUGCUCCUGCAGAUCUUCCUCAUUCUCCGCCACGGCGAGUGUUCGCACGUGCAGUACGUGUGCAUGGCCUUCUCCUGCCUCAACGCGGCCUGGGCCCUGGUGGACUACCGCCGCUGCCUGCGCCGCUCGCUGCCCGCCGCCCAGGAGAUGCCAGCGGGCCUCCCCACCGCCGUCUACCUGCUCUACAAGCUCCUCACCCUGGCCUCCCGCCUGCUGGCCUUCUCCCUGCUGCUCUGCCUCAGCCCCUACGCCCUGGGGGGGCUGGCCGCCCUCUGGCUGCUGGGCACCCUGUGGGCGUUCCGGCUGCAGACCUCCUUCUGCACCCGGCGGACCACCGAGUGGGUGUACCGCGCCGCCGUGGGGGCCGUCCUCACCUUCACCUUCUUCAACGUCAAGGGCCAGGCCACCCGGACCCCCAUGACCCUCUACUACCUGCUCCACGCCGCCGUGAACGCCGCCGCGCCGCUGCUCUUCGCCCUGCUGUGGAAGCCUCCGUUGUCGUUGCCGGGGACGACGCCGGCCCCUCCCCCUGCUCCGACGGCGACGGAGCUGUGGUACUUCUGGGCGGUGGUGGGGGCCAUCGCCGUGGGGACGGGGGCGGGGCUGCUGUGUCUGGCGGUGUACUACGCCCGCAUGCACCCCCCGGGGAAGAGGCGGGAGGCGGACGAGGUGGACGGGCCGGGGGGACGGGCCCCACUGGGGGGGGUCAGGAUGAGGGCGUUCCUCCAGCUGUGAUCCAGACGCCCACAGAGACUCUACACCGGGCCGGGCCGACGUCACCGGCUGCACCCCGCCCCGGUCCGGAGUCCACGGUCCGCCGUCCACGAGUCAUAGUCUUCUCUAAUCUGCCAACUCCUCCUCCUCCGCCAACUCGACGGUCCCGGGAGGACGCCGUCGGUCCCGGGACCGUCGAGGAACUCUGACGGAGACGCUGGAGAAGACAUCGAUCACCUCUCGUAGAAUAGAGAAUAGUGUUCUCACUUUCUGUCUUCUUGUUUCUCUUGUUGACUUUUAAUACUGGACUUUUGUAUUCGUAUUCUUUGUUUGUUCAGAUUAUAUUCAAAGUAUUUAUUAUUUAU